AAGAGAUGUUGGAUGUUGAAAAUCAGCUUCGAGGUUGAGUCGCUUUCUAGACUUGUCUGCUAUGACACAGAUUGCAAGUUGCAAAUCAAUAUUGUUAUCGGGUUGCAAAGUGAUUUCUGUUGCUAGAUUCUCAAAAAUGGUUGACCAACUGACCAACAUUACGUUUGUAGAGGAGAUUAAAAAGUAUCCAAUUCUAUUUAAUAACAUUGAUCCUGAAUAUAAUAACUUACGUGAGAAAGAUAAAGUGUGGGAAGAUAUCGGAAAGAAAGUUAAUUUAACAGUAUCAGAAUGCAAAGACCGAUGGAAGAACUUGAGAACAGCGUUCUGCCGACACUUAGCCAACAAAACAAAGAGGUCCUACUAUUUGUCGGAAAGACUGCAGUUCAUAGUUCCUUUCCUCAGGAAAACCUACGAGCCGGUCCAGGAUCUAGAAGAGGAAGAAGUGUUCAUCUACGCUGACGCCGAACCUGACGAAAUUCUAUCAGAGAUCCCCACCGACAUACAGCCGUCAUCGCCUUCCUUACCACAACCAAAAUCCGCAAAACAUUCAGCAAAAAGGAAGCGUCGAAUCGACAACAAUUCAGACCCGGAUUUGAACGAGUAUUUGAAUUUUGAUAUGACGGCUUCAUCGGUGGUAAAGGAAGAACUAGACAAUGUACAGACAAGGAGAGAAGCUUCCAGGAUGUUCCUUCUCAGCAUGCUACCAGAUCUCAUGCAGAUGGACGAUCAUGAACUGCGAAAGUUCAAGAAAAUAAUGUUGAAUACUGUGGAUGAUAUACUAACAGAAAAAUCUAAACGAUGUUCCUCCAACAACAGAAAUAUCACAUGAAUCUUUACCAUACAAUUACAACUUUGCUAUUUCAUUAGAUAUGAUUCUUAUGGGAAUCUAUCAUUUAAAUACAGGGACCGGCAUAUUAAUCUGACGAUUUUGUAGUAAUUGUUAUGUUGGCACCAUUAUUAUUGAAAAGGUGGGAAUGUUGUACAUCGACAUGUCUAUUCUUGCCAUUUCAGUAGCCAGUAUGUCGUGGUCAAGUGAACAUCGAGCGUUUGUGAUUGAAGCUUAUUUUAAAAAUAAUGACUCAAUUAUUUUAACACAGCGUUUAUUUCGCAGGCAUUUGAAUAAUUUAAAUCAACACGCGCCUGUUCCCAGUAGGAAUACGAUCUUGUUGUGGGUAAAGAAUUUUAGGAACACGUCGUCUGCUUUAAAACCCAACAGGACGAAAACGGACUCUCAGAACGCCUGAAAACAUUAACGCGGUAAGAGUAGCUGUUAGGCUGUACUCCAUGAACGUUGAGCAGCGAAACAUGAUGUUGCGCUAGCCAUUUCUGAUCGAAGUGUACGACGAAAUCUUCAUUCCGACCUGAAAUUCCAUCCAUUCGUCAAAUCUUCAUUCCGACCUGAAAUUCCAUCUUCAUUCCAUAUAAGAUAAUGUUAAGAUAAUUCAUUCCGUAUAAGAUAAUGUUAGUGCAACAACCUA